AUGUUCGGCGGCCCGGCAAACGGUGGCGCCCAGCCGGCGGGUGGCAUGUUCGGAGCUGCCGGUGGCGCCAACGCUGGCGCGCAUGGCGCUGCUUCUAACGGCAUGUUUGGAGCGGGCGGUCUUGGUGGUGGAAUGUUUGGUGGCGCCACAGGCAGCGCAAACGGCCAAGCGGCUGCCGGAGGCACGGCCCCAAACCCCGGUGGCAACCCCGGAGCCUCUGCAGGGAUGUUCGGGCAAAAGGGAGGCUCGAUGUUCGGCGGUGCUCCUGCCGGGGGCGGCAUGUUUGGCGGCGGCUUGGCGGGCGGAUCGAGCGCAGCAGGCGGCCCGACGGCACCAGCCUCUGGCGGCGCGCUUGGUGGUGGCGGCAUGUUCGGUGGGUUGGCAGGGGCUGGCCUCAAAGGACCGACGGCGGCCGCAAGCACUCCGCCAGCCAGCGGCUCGCCCGCUGGAGGGAUGUUUGGAGGCGCCGGCGCAGCUCCGGCUGGCUCAAUGUUUGGCGGUGCCGCUGCUGCCGCCCCUGCUGGUGGAAUGCUUGGCGGUGCCGCCGCUCCGGCUGGCGGGAUGUUCGGGGGUGCUGCGCCAGCUGGCGGGAUGUUUGGCGGUGCAGCUGGUGGGAUGUUCGGUAAAGCCGGCGGCGGAUCGAUGUUCGGAGGUGGAGGUGCUGCCGCCGCCGCCUCCCCGGCCGCUGCAAGCCCUAACGGCGUCUACCGCUACUGCAUCGGCGUGCAGUUCGAGAUCACGCCCAACGACCCGAAGCUCAAGAGCCGGCUCGCCAAGCUCGACAAGCUGAUUCAGCUGCUGCCUAAGACCUUCGAAGUCUCCAGCCAAGCCGUGGGGAUGACGCACAAGCGUGACGAGCCCGAGGCGGAGAAGGGCAACACCGAGGCCCGGAUCAUGGCGGCUCUCGAGGGGGCAAAGAGCGUGUACUCGGAGGAGACGCUGGAGGACGGCGACUUUUACGCUGACCACUACAAGGAACACCUUGAGCACUGCUCCAAGGUUGCUCAGGUUGGCCAUGCCAUUAGCCACGCCGCACCGGAGAAGAAGCCGGGGCAGCAAUCUGGCGGCGGCGGCAAGCCAGGGCUGGCUCCGAAAAAGAGCACGGGCCUCGGCCUCUUCGCCUCGCCGCGGGUCGCUCCAAAGGCUUGA